AUGGGACAGACAUCCUCCGUGCUGCUCGUUCUUGUGAUGUUCGGUCACCUAUUUUCAACGUCUCUGGGGCAAACCAACGCCACAGAGGACGACGCCGCAAUGCUCGCAGCGCCCGCACCGGAUAUCACAUCCAGUGCUGACGGCUUGUCGUCCUUGAGCAACGCGGCUUAUGCGGUCUUUUACAUCCUGGUUAUCGCGGUGAUGCUGUUCGUCAUAGGUUGUGUCGUGGCUUUGACAGCAGUGAUACUGGGCUACUUUUGGCAAGAGUACCUCAAGCCGCAUCUUCCCCUCUGGCCGCUCAAGCAGUGUUUCUACCGGUGUGGCGCAAGAUUGGUGAAGGCCGCAGAAGAUCGAGACAUCGAGAGUGCGCCUCUGUGUGAUGAUGAUGAGUUAUCGGCCUCCACCUGCAUGGCGCGCCCGUCAUACAGUCAUCUGGCUCCUGGGAAGCCCUUCAUAGUGGCGUCCAGGACAACGCAGAUUAACUCGCAAAGGCAUUGA